AUGGCGACAAUGGAUGAUGUAACAUUAGCAUCUGCGCCAACAAAUGCUCUUACUUUACCUAAUAUUAUUUAUCCUGUUGUCGAACAACUUGAUAAAUCGGGAUAUAAAGAUAUUCAAUCUGAUCUGCAUACAACAUUCUUCAAACUCGAAGAGCUAUAUCCAGGUUUUUCUCGUAGUUUUCUUCAAUCAUUUAUCAAUAAAGAAAUGUCACCUUUAUCAUCAACAACAAAUAUGAAUGAAUUAACGCUUAAAUUAGAAAAAUAUUGUGAUAAAUCAUCAUAUUUUAUAUCAUCUUCUCGUGGUGAACAAGAAUUUCAUGAAUUAAAUGUUCGUUCAAAGAAUCUUAAACGUAUAUUAAGUCGUAUUCCUGAUGAUAUUAAUGAAAAACGUGAGUUUCUUGAAACAAUCAAAGAAAUAGCAAGCGCAAUUAAAAAAACACUUGAUAGCGUAUCCAAUACAUAUCAAUACUUUAAAACAGCUGAAGGACGACAAGCAUUGGAAAACGAAAAAAAAGAAUUUAUCAAAUAUAGUAAAAAUUUUAGUAAUACAUUGAAAGCUUACUUUCGCGAUAGUAAACGUGAUGAUGUUUACGUAGCAGCUAAUCAUUUACUUGUUCAAACAGACUAUUUGUUACGCACCAUAAAACUUUAUUGUGAAACAGAUACGCUUGAUGACUCUUUAUAUCCAUUAUUAUCUCAUCAUCAAAAUCAAGCUCGUCUCGUUUCGCCAUCGCGUUAUUCGUCGAAUAAUAAUCAACAACAUCAUAAUCUUAGACAAUCAUCAUCGUCAUCGUCGUCUGCAAAUAAUCGACCGAAUUCAUCAUAUGAAACUGGCUAUAAUUAA